GACCAAUCCAGUGGUAGGCUCUCCUCCCCCUCUCUACCCAGAGUUACUGCUGCGGCCGCCGCCAUUUUAGCGUUUUGUCAGAAGCAUCCGCGCCGCGAGGAAGCGUUCUUGCUGAUUUCCGUGCGGGCAGAGAUGGUGAAGCUGUUCAUAGGAAACCUGCCGCGCGAGGCCACAGAGCAGGAGAUCCGAACACUCUUCGAGCAGUAUGGCAAGGUGCUGGAAUGUGACAUCAUCAAGAACUACGGCUUUGUGCACAUAGAGGACAAGACGGCGGCAGAGGAUGCCAUUCGUAACCUGCACCACUACAAGCUGCACGGGGUGAACAUCAACGUGGAAGCCAGCAAGAAUAAGAGCAAAACCUCCACAAAGUUGCAUGUGGGCAAUAUCAGUCCCACCUGUACCAACAAAGAGCUUCGAGCCAAGUUUGAGGAGUAUGGUCCGGUCAUUGAAUGCGACAUCGUGAAAGAUUACGCCUUCGUACACAUGGAGCGGGCAGAGGAUGCCGUGGAGGCCAUCAGAGGCCUCGACAACACCGAGUUUCAAGGUGCCAAAGUGGCCCUUUGGGCAAAUGCCUGAAGGACACAGGUUAGUACUUCAAAGCAUUCAAACAUUUAAUUGCAUAUAUUAACACUUAACCUGCAGCUUUCACUUACCAGGUGUAAUGUUUAAAACAGGACUUUUUUUUUUUUUUUUUUUGGUGUUUUGGUCCUUCCACCGCUUUUCCCUUUUGUAGCUUCCCAGAACCUAACUUUAAUUUUGUAGGUGAAUUGUGUAUUUACUAUUUUCUGUAAUGUUAGACGAAUAGAUGACCUGUUGACUCUCCCCUAGUUCUAAUCAUUCAUUUCUGUGACAUCUGCCAUGUUUGGUUGCAUCACAGCCAGUUGCAUUCGGAAGUUUUUUUGAAUUUUGCUCACCAUGAAAUUGGUAGAUUAUGUUAGGUAAAAACACUUAUGUGAAAAGGUUUAAAACUUAAACUUUUCCAGAAAAAUUUUUUUUGUUAGGUUUUCAAAAGUGAUAUUUUGUGUUUGCAGAGUACAAAUUUGUAGUUCUCAGCAAAAAUAGUAAUAAGUGCAUAUUCUUAGAAUCUCAGAUCCCUAGUUUAAGGUUUUUGAAAAAGUACUUUAUUCUUUCUAAAAUGAACAGUUUGAUCCACUGCCUGAUAUUACUGGUCAUUCUCCACUUUUCUAUUCCCCCCUUUUUCUUCCACCGUUUUCAUAGUCUUAAAAAAUUCAGGCGCCUUGUGAACUCCCUGUCCUGUUUCCUUUGAUUCUACUACAGGUCAUCACAGUUAGUUGUCAGGUUGUAAAGUGUCCUUGUUAGGAUCAGUAACAGAACCAGCAAUUUAAAGAACCCAGUUAAAGGGUGGGCAGUCCUUCAAUGUGCAAUUUAUUCCUCCUCCCCUAGUACCUGAGUGUUUUUUCCAAGAGUCGAAAAUUGCUUAUCACACUAAGCCACGGAUCAAGUCUGUAUCACUCUCUGUCAGUGGUAACUUCUUGUUCUAUUCUCUUUGAUUUUGGAGUGGGUUGAGAGUCUGGGGGACUGCUCUUUGCAUUCUCCUGCCUAAUGAAAUCAGAAUCUUGAUAGUGAGGAUUGGAGGUUCCAGAAUCUUGUCUGAGCACUCUUGUGGUUUCUUUUGACAUUGGGCCACUGUUCAGAGUAGUUUUUGUCCACAGGUACUUGACAAAGAUGUAGAUGAUUGUUUUUGAGUGAAAGUAGUUUCUUAAGAAUUAAACUAGUGUUAGGUGUUAGAGCGAAAACAUUUUUUCAUCUAAUCUUUGUCUGAAAUCAGGUCAUUAUACUAAAUUUAUGUAU